UUUUCUUUUUUUUCUAUUUCUUCCCAUUGACACCAAAGCCAACACGCUUCGCUUGAACAUCCCCUUCAGAAUGACCAUGUCCAACAAAGCCGAGCAUAAGGGCAAGAAGAAGGAUAAUAUUAAUUGGGAGAUCCUCAAACUCCAGGCCCAGGUGGGAGAGACGACUUCAAGGAAAGCCAAGAAGGUUGUCGAGGCAGAGAGAAAGAAGGAAAGCGCAUCAGCCACAUCAGCAGCAACAGGAGACGCGGACACAGCAGAGGAUGCGGUAGUUUCAGAGGCGGUUAAAAAGCUGUUGAAGUUGAAGGAACAAAAGAUCAGCCAGAAGAUUUAUCAUGCAAAGAAGGAGAUCAAGAAGGCAUUCGUGAAGGCAAAGACGUUCGAGACGCAAAGACUCAUCAAAAGACUUAAAGAAGCUAGAAAAGCUGUUGAAAACAAAGACGCGAUUACAGAAACCAAGGACGAGGUUUCAGAGGAGACCGAACCAACACACAAAAAGAAGCAGGGCUUGACAGAGGAGGAUGUCGCUAAGUUUGAGCACGAGCUGGAAUUGGUCAAGAAAAUGGACAUGGACUCACUAUCGGAGCACGCGUUUGUUGUAAAACUGGCCAAGCACCCUAUUCUCGGAGCACACGCGCUCAUGGAGCCAUAUGCGGUAGAAGGAAAAAAUGUCAAGAAAGAGAACGGCGAUACCGGUGAGAAAUCAUCGGACGACGCACUAAUGCAGAUCAUCGAGGCGCGUCUAACGAAUACAAAAACGGUGAAGGAGCAUAUGUCAAAACUCUGGGACGAACUGGAGCACAUCAUCACGGGCAAAAAAGUCGACCAUGAGGCACUGAAGAAGAAGCGUAAGGCCGUUGGCGAAGACCAGGAUGAGCCAGAGAUUAAGAAGGCGAAAACAACAGAAGAUACCAAAGCUAAGUCAUUGAGCGGCAGUGCAAGCGACGAUGACAGCGAUGAGGAUAGGAGACACUUGGCGGAUAUGUCCGACAUCAGUGACGCAGAAUACGAUGAUGGAUAUGACUCAGACGGGUUGCCUUUGCCCAAGAACGGAAAGGCAACAGCGACGUCGUCAAUGUUCAUCGGAUCGCUGAAUGCUGGUAACGAUAAGAAGGGCAAAAAAGACAAGAAGAAGAGAGGCAAUGAUGACUGGGUUGACGAUAAGUUUGACGAGAUUUACGGCAAGAUCAAGAAGAACCGACCUGGUCAACGUGCAAGGAGAGAGAAAGCGGAACGCAAGUUCGGAAAGGAGGCGAACCACGUUAAGAAGGCCGCAGAGGAGGCACGUCUACGGGAAGAAAGGAAGGCGGCUCGUAAGGUCAAACAAGAAAAGUUCAAGUCUCGGGAUGCCUCAUCUGCCAAUGCACAAAAGCUACCUAACCGACGCAUGAUCGGAGCUGGCGACGGUUCUGCAGCAUAUUAUCAGCCUCCCGCUGCACCCAAGCCGUCGGGACCGGAUCCUAAUGAUCCCACAUUGCACCCUUCAUGGCUGGCUAAGCAGAGCGAAAAGGCUGCGAUGGCAGCGGCUCUUUCUGUGCAACAUAGCACCACAAUCUUGUCAAAGGAGGGCGAAGGCGCUUCAGGAUGGGCCUGGUCUCUGGUCUGGGUAUGCAACAAAGGCAGUUUGCCGAAGAACAAAGCGAAGAGCUCAGGGAUGGUACCUACAGAUGUUUGGGGGCGAUAGGAUCAUUUGCAUAUUGCUUGUUCGCAGAACAGCAUUAUGAGAAUUAUUUUCGUUUGACCUUUUGGCCUGCCAGCAGUCAAAACAGGGCAACCUUUUUUUUUUUUCU